AUGCCCCUCGCCCUCCAGAAGGAAGACGUGUGGCGGCCCGUUCUGUUACCUUUGUCAGACGGGACGGAGCGGAGCAUCGUCAAACCCGUGAUCCUGAGGGAGUUCCUGUACGUUCUGCGCGAGGGGGAGCACACUGCCCUCCAGACCCCCAACAGGCGAUCAGUACCACUUGCUCAGUAUAUGAAAGAAACAGAAAUGUAUGUUCUCUACAAAGGCAGUGAAAAUACUCUACUUCUCAUUUAUGUUGUGAGAAUAGAGGCCAUGUGCAUAUUCCGACUACAUAACUAUCCCUUUGACAAACAGAAAUGUCGACUGGGAUUCAACUAUUAUGAUAACCCUGAAAUAAGUGUUCUACAGAAGGGUGAAAUCUUCAUGGAGGCUACAAGGGAACUACUGGAAUACGAGAUUGUAAAUGAGACCAUGGCUGUUGGCGUAACCACCCAGUUUAUGUCGAGUCUCCAGGUGGAGAUUGAGUUUCAGAACCAGUACACUUUCUAUAUCACCAAUGUCAUAGUGCCUACCCUCCUUAUGGCCAUCAUCUGUUAUCUCACAUUUUUCUUCCGGCUCAACGACUUUCAGAACCGCAUCGUGAUUUCCCUGACGUCGAUGCUGGUACUGGCUACCCUCUUCACCCAGAUGAACCAGUCCAUUCCCAAGACUGCUUAUUUCAAAUUGAUUGAUGGCUGGUUCAUGUCUCUAAUUGUCCUAGACUUCUUGGUUGUUGUUAUUCACACUAUCAUUGAAAACCUCUGUGGAAUGAGAACUCCCUCAGUGAACAAAUCUGUCAAGCAUAGUUCCAUCCAAGUCGCAUGGUCUCCACAUGUGCAAUGUGACACCAAGGGUUUAAUUGUGGCACAGAAGGUGAAUGUUGCUUCCCAGAUCAUGUUCCCCUUCUUAAUUGCUCUCAUGUGCUCCAUUUUUGCUACUCUUGGCCAUUCUAGCUUAUAUAUGAAACCAUAACCAUAAACACAUUAGUGGAAGAGGCAGCACUGAUUUUACGGCUACAGAAACAUGGUACAAUUGAAAAGUUUCUUUGCCUCUGUAACACCAUGUUGCCUUACUGUUAGUAAAAUGGAAAGGCCUCAGUCAAGUUUUGAGUGGAGAGUUCUUCUAAAGCACAUGUAAAUGACUGUUUCCGAGUAUAUUAUCUGGAUAUUUCACUGAGUGACCACACUUUUCAGAACUUUGCUGUAGGAAUGUAGUACAUGUCCUGCCUAAACAUUGUAACACAGAUGAAAGCCUUAAAAUAUUCGCUGGUGAUGGUGUAGCUAAGACAAGUCAGGGAGCACAGCUUUUGUUUGUCAAGUGCAAGUUGUAUAAUUAUGUAAUCUUUUGCGUAGUUUUAAAUAAGAUAUCUUUUACUACCUGUUUCCUUUAUAACACUUGUAGAGGACUUUUUAACAGUACAGGAUAUCUUUGAUAAUUACAAAUUUCAAGAAAAUAUCUUAAGCCUUACAGAAAUUUUCCUGUUUAACUUUAGUGGUAUUGCAUACACUUUAUUUAGUGCACUUUAAUCAUAGCAACUUCUUGAAGAAUGCAAAGAUAACAAACUUUGAGUGUUUUACAAAAUGAAAUAGGAAUAAAUCUUAAUAUUCAACUUAUUUUGUCAUAUAAAUGAAUUAUCUGUAAAUGUGUACCUUUAUAGAAGAGUAUGAUUAAGCUGUUGUACUUAUGAACUAGGAGUAAGCUGGUUUAGAUUUACAAAUUAGAUCUAGAAGUUAAUAAUAUGCUAAAAUCAAACACAUUCAACAAUUCUGUAUAAUUGUUUAAAACCUCUGAUGUGAACUUCCACACAGUUUUACUUUAUGCAGACAUACAUCAUAAAAAAAUAUAUUUUGCAAUUCUUACUCAAAUAACACUUGACAUGUAUAAUACACAUGCUUCUGAAAAAUGAAAGGUAGAUAUUAAGAAAAUUAUUAGUCAUAUUUUAAAACCCUUUAUGAACCUUC